CAGAUGGUUCCCCACCUGGCUGUAUUAACGUAACGGUUGUUCUUUUGUGUUGUCAUCCUACAGGUAGGACUAACGUACAGUCACAAAAAAUGUACUGGCUGGGAUUGAAGCUACGAGGUUUUGUGGUUAUGAAUUCAUUAAUACUAUUUCCACUUUUCGUACCAAGCAAGCUAGUACCAGAAAAAGAUAUCUGUCAAGAGAUGAAUGGAAAAAAACAAUAUUUUGAAGCAGGACAAAAAGGCAUCAUUACAUUGGUUAAUUUAACCAGUGAGACAGAGCACCUAAGUGCUAGUCGACAAAACGCCCCACAACGGUGUAGCGUAGAACUAAUUACAUGUCCUUCCUGCCACUUCGUGAUUACUUUUCAUUAUUUGAACCUACCGACAUGCAGUGAUGAUGAUUCAUGCUGGUGUGAUUAUAUUCAAAUCCACGAACCUUACUAUAGACAGUCUCGUCAGAAGUUUUGUGGUAUCAGUACACAUCCAUCCACGCGUUUCGAGUCCUUGUCGAAGCUUUUAGUAAUAGAUUUAUUUUACAGCUUCUCACACACCAGUGCCUUCAAGUUAGAAUUUAAAGCUGCUGAUAAUAGUUACGUAUAUGAAGGUAGUGACACGUUAUAUCUGCCGAGUAUGACAGGAUACAUCGAAUCACCGUUCUUCCCAGAUAGAUAUCCCAGCGAUUAUAGUGCAGAAUAUAUCAUUAGGAAUCUGGAGAAUGACGGUUUUAUCCAGUUGGUGUUCUUUGAUUUCCUACUUUCUCCCUGGUCGUUUAUUGAG